GUGAAGAUUUUUGAUACAUUUCUGUAUGUAAUUGUACAUGUUUACUCUUUUAUUUGGAAUAAAGUAUAGUUUUAUGAGUAUAUUAAUUCUGUGUUAAUCUUGUCUUUUAUACAUUACAAGACCAAUUCAUAUUAUUUUAUGAAGAACUCGCAGAGCUAUUUAAAUAACAAAGCUUGAAGCUUCAGUAUCACUAAUUUGUUUGUGAUUCUUAAAUUCAGUAUGUAGCAUGCAUACACAGUAUUAUUGAUCCUUAAUGAGAUGUUAGUCCUCAUGCUGAAAGUCAAACUAUUUAAAAUUCUGAAAAAUCAAUCCAUUCUAUUCAUACUUCAUUUUGUUGAAACUCAAAAACAUAUUUUAUUGGCAUUUAAAAUUGAAAAGCUGGAGGAGACUGAUAAAGGUCAAAGAAAUGAUGGAGCAGGUAUUUAUGAGUUGAAUAUUUUGGGUUAUUUAAUACGAUCAGGAUUUAGACAGAUGUCUGCCCUUUUACUUAUGCUUCAAUAAUGUAUAUGAAUGAUAUCAAUAAAAAAAAAUUGAACACCUAUUUCACACAUUGUACUUCAUAAGAAAUAGGGUGUGGUCAAGGCGGGGCAUUUUUUAAAUUGAAAAUCUUAAAUUCCCUUCUAUAUACAUUUACUUUGGAACAAUUGCAUUACCAUUACCCAACAGUAAAAUGACACAUGCUACUUGUUUUUAAGUUCAACUUUAGCUAUAGCUACACCAAAGGUCCUUCAUCCAAAAUAUUCUUAUAUGUUUUCAAAUGAGAAUAACAUAAAAAAUAGAUGUAGGAUCAUCGAGAAAAACCCUUUAGCUGAGUUUUAUCGGAAACUUUUAUGUCAAGGAUAUGAACUGUUGAGUGCUGAUUAGAUGAAAUUGAAAAAAUAUUGCAUUUUAAUGAUUUUAACCUUUUAUGUGAUCUUUUGACAUUUCAGCAAGAACAAAUUAACAGUAUGACUACCAUAUACCAAAAAACAUUGUGUAAUCUUUUCCUCGUCAAUGUUAUUAUAGUGCUGAUCAUAAUUUAUAGUGGCAUAUAUUCAAAGACACAACAAAAUAUUGAAGGAGUUAGGAUAUUACGUCAUCAUCAAACCAUAGCACAAGUGGAGAAAAAUUUGAUACGUCUCGCUAAAGAUGUCGAUAUUACACAAAAUAUGAUGGAAAAAUCAAUCACACAUUUUGGAGAUGUGAGCAAAUUUCAUCGAUUGUGCAAAGAAAUAUUUCUGAAACAACGGAAAAUCAGCAUCGCAAUUUUAGGUGGUUCAGCUUCAGCUUCAUUUCAUACUACAUCUAAAACAAAGAGAUAUUUUGAUCAUGUUGCAAUUUUUUUAGAAGAGAUCUUCAAUGUGGAAAUUGAGAUUGUUAAUGAAUCUCUCGGAGGAACACAGAGCAUCAUGUCAUCAUACUGCCUCCAGAACAUGCUUAAUGUCACAAAUGUAGAUAUUAUUUUGCUUGAAUUUGCCAUAAACGAUAACUUUGCUCAUGUAAAUCUCAGGGGACGUACAAUAGAAGAUCUUGUGAGACAUUUGAAAUCAUUUCCGUGCAAGGAACAGCCAUAUGUUAUAUUCGCCAACCUUAUUUCCACCCAGAUUCUAUUUAGUAAUCUGACCAAGUUUGAAAAUUGUACAACUGUCGAGGAUGAGUACUUCAAUGCAGUUGCCAAAUAUUACAACAUAGCUGCCGUAUCAUGGAAAAAUCAAAUAUGUGAGAAAACCCAUAAAAGUAUGAUUGGUUUCAAAUUUGACGAUAUAUCAAAACCAGAUAAGAACCAUCCUACACUGAAAGGACAUGCCCAGCUAGGGUAUAUGAUAUCUUUCUUACUGUUAAGGCUAUACAAAAUGUUUCAACAGAAUCCAUCUGGAAAAUCAUUGAAUACAAAGAUUCCAAAUAACUUGACAACAAUGUUAACCAAACCAAUAGAUCCUAGAGUAUGGCUUGCCAACCCAGCAUGCUUUAUGAUUAAACACGACAUUGAACAAAUGUGUAAUAAUAAAAACAACAAUGUCUACAUUUGUCUUAAGGAAAGGAAAUCAUUUCGGUUUGAACAAAUAAGAAAUAUUCCAGGAAUUUAUAGCAACACUCCAAAGGGAUAUUUAAAAUUCCAAUGUGUAGUUAACAAGGAGACUUUUAAAAAUCGAAAGAAAAUAAAAAUUGGAUUUGCAUACAGGGCACCCCUGCUGGAAACUACAUAUUUAAAAUUAAAUGUUUUCAGUAAAAAUACAUCUUAUCUGUCAGAGAACAUUUUAUUUCCACUAUGUGUAUUUUAUGUAACACGAACAUAUGAAUCCAAUGAAAUUCUAACAUUGACUGGACGAGAAUUCACAGUUGAAUUUAAACCAGUUGCUACAGAGAAAGACAAUUUUAAAUUAUACCUAGUGGCCUUACUAAUAGGGUUUGUUGACGAUUCCUUCAUGGUUAUUCCCAAUAAUAGCACAACAGGAGGAAAAACUGUCAGAGAACACCACCAUCAAUGACAGGGUAGUAGAUAUGGAACAGUGUAACAAAUUAUGACUGAAAAAAUGUGCCAAAAGUUUGGUACCAAUUAUUUACAAGGCUAUUUUCAUUUUAAAUCCUUUGUUCUAAAUACAGGGAAGAUUGUGCUCAAAGUGAUAUGGCUUACACAGACUUCUCCAAUGAUCAACUUAAGGAAGGUGUCACCAAACAUCAACAGUUAUGCAAAAACCAAGAACAUUUCAUUGUACUUCAAACCAGACCCUAUUCCCCAUUAUAAGGGGAUCCCAGCCAGGGGCUAUAAUCAACAGUUUAUAAUUUACCCCUCCACCCAAGGCCUAGUAACUCUGUGAUUCCACAGCUGUCAACAUUUGUACACCAACUUUUACUGAACUAGUUAGUUCUUAUUUGCUAUCAAGAUUCAGAUUCUACAUUAUGUCUAAUCAUUCAGAUAUAAUAUGGACCAUAUUGGUUCCACAAUAGAAGUUAGUUAGUUAUAGAUAUAGUUUAUUUCAUGACACAAGAUAUUGGAAAAUUACAAAAUAUUUGCACUAGACACUAGUCUUCAAAUAAGUUAACAGCAUUGCUGUUUCAAUUUUGCUAUUUUGAUCAGUCAUAUGACCACUGUACAUACCACAUGCAAUGGCUUGUUCAUAUUAUAUUGAUUGACUGCCAAAUGUGACCUAAAUACCAUAGUUCUAUUCUUAAUCCAUACUCAAGUUAGGCAGUAUCAUUUAAAAUCCAUGAUUCAGGUUUGGAUAUGAUUCAAUUCUAAUUCAAAGUCCCAAAUGAUUUCUGAGAUCUUGAUGAAAAUCCCCCUGAUUUCAUCAUAGUUUCAUCAUAUGAUUUCACAGUGAGUGUUGACUUUGGACCUGUGUGCCACUGUAUCCCUGCAUCGUCCACAAUAGACGUGUCAAUAGUGACAUUAUGUAGGCCAGUGACGGGGAAUAUUAGGAGGAACUCAACACAGAAAUAGUCAUUAUGUGGUUGGCAUGUCUGGUGCAUGUUAUUAGGGGAACUCUCCGAUACCU